AGUCGCUGCCCUGGGCGUGUGUUGCGGGAGUGAUGUCAUUUACUGGGCAGGUCUUUCUCAACCUGUGUGUGUUUGUGUGGAGUGCAGUAUCCAUGUGAUCUCCCAUUGCAGUGAUUACAAUGUAAAGGGGCAUCGUUGUGAGCCUGUGAAGCGGCAGCAUACAACACAGCAUUCUCUCGUACACCGAUCACAGACAGAGGGAGAGGGGGGGAAGAAAAAAGACAAUCAACUCUAUCGUCCGAAGCAGGAUCCUUGCACAGUGCACAAAGUCUUGGGAAUUAAAACUUGCUGAUGUACCGCACGGAGCUCUGAGCUGUGGGAUUAAACGCUGAUCAGCCACCAACACGCUUCUGAACACCAAAAGCAAAAAGCCUGCGUUACAAUUGUUGAAGGAAACUUUUUCCUCUCCCAAGAUCGAUGUGUGUGGGGACAGCACUAAUGACGGGGCCGACAGUGCAGGGGUGAUGCAUCUGUCCGGAAGCCAGGAAGAGAUCAAUGCACCUUGACCAUGCUGUCUGGGACCAUUCUCCUUGUCAUUGUUUUCACCAGUGCUUGGAGCUGCCGUGGAGACCACUACAAGUCCUUCAAUAGAUCCGACACGAGGUUCGAGCACCUAACGGUGGAUCCCGAGACUGGGAAUGUCUAUGUGGGUGCCGUGAACUUCCUCUUCCAGCUGACCUCCGAGCUGUCGGCCCUGGUGGUGCAGCCGACCGGGCCCCAGAAUGACAGCAAGGACUGCCUCCCUCCGGUCACCCGUACCGACUGCCCGCAGGCCCGGCCCACCAACAACCACAACAAGCUGCUCCUCAUCAACCCGUACGGCAAGGAGCUGAUCACCUGCGGGAGUUUGUUUCAGGGGAUCUGUGAGAAAAGGAGUUUGGGGAUGAUUAGCCGGAUCUUGUUCCGGCCCGAGCGGCCGGUCGACACGCAGUACGUGGCCGCCAACGACCCCAAUGUCACCACGGUGGGACUGGUGGGCCUGUCCAAGGGCCAGACGGCCGUGCUGUUUGUGGGCCGCGGCUACACCAGCAAGGGGACCGGCGGCAUCCCGCCCAUCGCCACCCGCAACCUGGUGCUGGCGGAGCCGUCCAGCCCCGAUUCCCACCCCACCUUCUCCUACGAAGAUACGGCAAAGUUGUCCGUGGCUGGCCGACUCCCGGAGUACGACCACCACUUUGUUAAAUCGUUUAUUUAUCAGUUGUCGGUCUAUUUUCUCUUUUACCGCCGUGACCUCAAGUCCCCCUCCCGGGAAUACAAGACGUACGUGUCGCGGGUCUGCCUGGGGGACAUGCAUUACUACUCCUACGUGGAGGUGCCCCUGGCCUGUUGGGGGGAGAACAAGAACUACAACCUGCUCCAGGCAGCCUAUGUCAGCAGGCCGGGGCAGGGGCUGGCCGCGGGGGCUCUGGGCACCGACGGCGACGUCCUCUUUGCCACCUUCGCUCUCGGCCACACGUCCACGGCCAAGCCGACGGAAGAGUCAGCGCUUUGCAUUUACACCAUGAGCCAGAUCGACCACAUGAUCAACCAGACCCGGGACCUGUGCUACACCAGGCACGGCAAGGCCCCCAGCGGCGUGGGCGUGGCCUACAUCGAGUAUGAAGUCAAGUCCAGUUGUAGUGGCCUCACGUCAGACACUCUCAAUGCCUAUCCCUGUGGGUAUGACCAUACGCCCAGUCCAAUCGCCAGUCACAUUCCCAUUGAGGCAUCCCUGGUGUUGAAGGUUGCCCAGGGCCGGCUGGUCGCAGUGGCCGUCACUGUGGAAAUGGAACACACCGUCGCCUUUGUGGGAGAUGACAAGGGCAACCUCCACAAGGUGUUUGUGAUGCCGUCUGGAAAGGUGGAGCAGUAUGCAACGCUAAUAAUCCAGCCCAAUGUUCCAAUCAAUGGUGACCUGGUAUUUGACCGUGACGAGGACUACCUUUACGUCACAACCCCAUUGAAGGUGCUGAAACUUCCUGUUAGCGAGUGCUCAAAGAAGACUGACUGCCUGUCCUGUCUGCAGGCUAAGGACCCGUACUGUGGCUGGUGCAUCCUGCAGGGCUGGUGCAGUAAGAAGUCAGAAUGCACGAGAGCUGGAGAAGGCAUCCAGUGGCUCUGGAGCUACAGCGAGGACCGGCAGUGCCUGAGGGUACACACUCUGUCCCCGGCUAAUGUCAGCAGGGAGGAACACAAGCAGGUCUCUCUAAGUAUUGCUGACUUGCCCAUUCUGGCUGAGGAUGAGUUCUACACCUGCCUUUUUGAAGAUUAUUCCAGUCCUGCCACCAUUACUGAGCAUGGUGUCGUUUGUUGGUCUCCAAAACCCCAGCACCUUCCACCUACUAAACCUGGAGCAGAUCACGUGACCAUCGGGUUGCAGCUCAUGUUCUUCAACGUCACACUGACCACGGCCGAGUUCACCUUCUACGACUGCAGGGCCGUGCAGCAGAUCGCCAGGAGCUCUCCGUGUCGCGGAUGUGUGAGCAGCCGCUGGGGGUGUAACUGGUGCGUGCUUCAGCACCACUGUACCCACAACACCACCUGUGAGGACGAGGUGAUCAUUUUUAAUGAGAACUUUGUUCUACCCUACGUGGCUCCUCCAACACGACCGACCAAACCACUCCGCCUUGACACCACCGUUGCCCCGGUUACUCACCGCCCCACCACCGUUGCCCCGACGACAAGGGCCACGACCGUCCCUGCCACCCCACCCCCCGUCACCACCAUCCCCACCACUCUGCCGACCACGGUGCCGACUACCAUGGGCACCACGGCAGUGGCUUCCACCACCGCUGCGGCCCGGCCAACCGACCCGGCGACCACCCUGCCCACCACCACAACCACCACCACCACCUCACCUCCACCUGUGGUCCCCACCACUACGGUAGCCACGGGGGCGCCCGCCACCCUGCCGACCACAGCCAGUCCCGUUGUGGCAACAACCGCCGCCACUGCGGUGACGACCACCGCUGGCACCACCCUGGCGGAAGCGGGCAGCCAGCCCGAGACCACGACCCCACCUCCGACUCCAUCCUCUGAGGUUACAGUGCAGUUGUCCACAAACGUGAGCACGGUGCUGGGCGGCGCCACCUCCCACACCAUGGAUGCCCCCACUGUAAGCACUUCACCCUCUCCAAACCUGACAGACGUGGGUGACAUCCUUGCCGUCACAACCACUACUCCUCCCGAUCCCACCCAGCCUCCCUCCACGCGGUUUGCCGUUCCCACCGACCCCAGGCCUGAUAACCCCACCGACGCGGUUCCCACCACCACCAUCACCACCACCACCACCGAUUGGCAAAGGAAGGAAGUUGGUGGCUGGAAGGAUUCAGAUGCUUGGGUAGACCCUGCGCAGGUUGAGAACGACACAGCAGUCUUCUCGGCCGCUGCUGUUCUGCUAUCGGGUGACGGAGAUGUUGAGAACCCUUCUCCUGCUUUCCUCCACCUGGUCGAUUCUGAGGUUGACUACCACUUUGACCCUGGCUCGUCAUCCUUCUCCAGACAGAGCGAUGAAGGGGUGAACAAGGGCCCCGUGGCAUGUCCCUGCAUGGAUAACGUUCUGGGUUCCUCCCUUCUGCCAGUGAACAUGGAGCGGAAGAUAACACUGACGGGCCAAAACCUUCACUUCUUCCAGGAUCCAGAAGAGGAUUACGAGUGUGUCUUUGUCAUCGAGAGUCGGAUGGUGGUCGUGGAGGCAUUUGUCGAGGUUGACGAUUAUAAUCCCACGUACUACUCCAUCACUUGCCAGGUGCACCAGUACGCCUACUCCACUCUCCAGCAGGAGUAUAAUGCAACUGUGUAUGUCCAACGGCGCCCCAAUUAUAGAGUGGACAGCUUGCAUAACUUGCACAUUACCCUGUACAACUGCUCUGUGGGCCGCACAGACUGCAGCCGCUGCCAGACGGCGGACACCAAGUACUCGUGCGUGUGGUGUGGGGGAGGAAAGCCCAGCUGUGUGUACAAGGAGUCUUGCGUGGACGGUGUGGAGCAGACCUGCCCAGCGCCCGUCAUCCACUCGAUCGAGCCAUUGUCAGGACUGCAGGAAGGUGGCACCAUGCUAACCAUCAUCGGUUCCAACUUGGGCCAGAGAUUCGAGGACAUCCAGAACAUGGUGACGGUCGCUGGUAUCCCGUGCCGUGCCGACCCGCUGAAGUACGAGGUCUCCACCAGGAUCAUUUGCCUCACUGAACCCAGCGGAGUAGAGAUGUCAGGAGAAGUCACGGUGAAAUUAACAGGCGGUGGUGCCAGCAGCUCCACACAACCUUUUAUAUAUCAGAACCCAGUGCUGGAGUCCAUCUCACCAUCUCAUGGCCCCAGAGCUGGGGGAACGUCUCUUGUCCUCAAUGGUGUCAAGUUGCUUACUGGCAGACGAUGUGAUGUCAAGGUGUUUGUUGGUGACCUCCCCUGUCUCAUCCAUGGUGAUGUGGAGGACGGCCGCAUCCAGUGCUUCACUGCAGCCUACAAUCAGACUGGUGACCUUCCUGUCACAGCCAUGUACGGUGAGGUGCCCAAGAGACUGAAGGAUGUCUUCUACACUUACAUUGAGGAUCCAAACAUUACCAUCGUGCAGCCAGACAAGAGCUUCCUGGGAGGAGGCCGAGUGAUCAGCGUGCGAGGCCAGAACCUGGACGCGGUGCAGACACCACAGAUGAUGGUCCAGUUACUGCCGAAGGGGAGGCGGCGCAGAUCGACCAAGUUGCCGCGCCGGCCGAGGAAGAGGAGGCGCAGGAUGACAAAGGACCGCGGUUGCUCUGAGGGCAGUUUGCACAAGUUCUUCGAGUCCUGCCAGGUGAACUCCUCCUCCUUCAUGACGUGUAGGACACCGUCCAUCAAAGCCCCCGUCGAUGACGCCCUGAUCUCCGUGCACUUCAUCAUGGACAACCUGUGCUUCGAUUUCAAUGACAUCAGUCCGACCAAGUUCACCUACAAGGCUGACCCCAUCUUGAAACGGCUGAACGCAGAUGACCCGCUGAAGCCUUACAGGCACAAGCCUGGCAGUGUCCUUUCUGUCGAGGGUGAAAACCUGGACCUGGCGAUUUGGAAGGAAGAGGUGGUGGCCAUGGUGGGUGAGGGGCUGUGCCUGGUGCGGACUCUGACAAGGAAACACCUGUACUGUGAACCUCCCCUGGAGCAACCCGCCCCGCGCAGGAGGAGCAAGCGAGAGAGCACAGACGCCCUGCCCGAAUUCAUCGUACAUAUGGGAAAACUGAGCUUCAUGCUGGGAAAGAUCCAGUAUGAUGCGGAGAGUCAGUCGAAUUUUCCACUGGAAGCUCAGAUUGGACUUGGAGUGGGAGCAUCCAUUGUUGCAUUGAUUGUUCUGAUCAUUGUCCUCAUUUACAGGCGGAAAAGUAAGCAGGCUCUGAGAGACUACAAGAAAGUACAAAUCCAACUGGAGAAUCUCGAAACCAGUGUCCGUGAUCGAUGCAAGAAAGAGUUCACAGACCUCAUGACUGAAAUGAUGGACCUCUCCAGUGACCUGGUGGGAACUGGAAUUCCAUUCCUGGAUUACAAGACCUACGCCGAGCGCAUCUUUUUCCCGGGACACAAGCAAUCGCCUCUGCAGCGGGAUCUGGACGUUCCCGAAUCUCGGCGACAGACCGUGGAGCAGGGGCUCGUCCAGCUAUCGAAUCUGCUGAACAGCAAACUGUUCCUCACCAAGUUCAUUCACACACUGGAGAGCCAGCGGACAUUUUCACCGCGGGACCGUGCUUACGUGGCUUCGCUCUUGACGGUUUCACUGCACGGGAAGCUGGAAUAUUACACCGACAUCCUGAAAACGCUGCUGCACGACCUGGUGGAGCAGAAUGUCGCCAAGAACCCCAAACUCAUGCUACGCAGGACUGAAACUGUGGUGGAAAAACUGCUGACAAAUUGGAUGUCGAUCUGUCUGUACACGUUCCUCAGGGACUCGGCGGGAGAAUCGCUGUACAUGCUGUUCCGUGCGAUCAAACACCAGGUGGACAAAGGCCCAGUGGAUGCCGUGUCGGGGAAGGCCAAGUACACCCUCAAUGACAACAGACUGCUCCGGGAGGACGUGGAGUAUCGGACACUGGCACUCAAUGUGUUGGUACAGGGCGGGGAAGAUGGGCAGCCCUCACCGGUCAAAGUAUUGGACUGUGACACCAUCACCCAAGUCAAAGAGAAAAUCAUUGAUCAGAUCUACAAAGGCGUGACCUACUCAUUUCGACCUCACGUGGAAACGCUAGACCUUGAAUGGCGAUCGGGGUUGGCGGGACAUCUCAUCCUAUCAGAUGAAGAUCUGACUUCUGUUCUGCAGGGCAACUGGAAACGUCUCAACACCUUGCAGCACUAUAAGGUGACUGAUGGAGCCACGGUUGCCCUCGUUCCACGUCUCAGCAAGCACAUCCAGCAUGAAAACCAUGACUACAUUGCAGGGGAGAAGACACCAAUGCUGGAAGAUGCCGAUGAAGGAGGGGUCAAAGUCUGGCACCUGGUCAAAGCCAGCGAGGAGCCUGAACUGCCCAAACACAGACGAGGCAGCCUGAAGGAGCGAGAGCGAGCCAAGGCCAUCCCCGAGAUAUACUUAACGCGCUUGCUGUCCAUGAAGGGCACUCUGCAGAAGUUUGUGGAUGACUUGUUUCAGGUGAUUCUCAGCACCAGCCGGCCUGUUCCUCUUGCUGUGAAAUAUUUCUUUGAUCUCCUGGAUGAACAAGCAGUGAACCAUGGGAUAGCUGAUGCAGAAACGAUUCACAUCUGGAAAACAAACAGCCUGCCUCUCCGUUUCUGGAUAAACAUCAUAAAAAACCCGCAAUUCACGUUCGACGUACAGGUGUCGGAUAAUGUGGACGCCAUGCUAUCAGUCAUUGCCCAGACCUUCAUGGACUCUUGUACUAUAGCGGAGCACAAGCUGGGACGGGAUUCGCCAAUUAACAAACUACUGUAUGCCAGAGACAUCCCUCGAUAUAAACAGUUGGUGGAGAGGUACUACGCAGACAUUCGACAAACCAUCUCAGCGAGUGACCAAGAAAUGAACUCUGCCUUAGCAGAGCUAUCUCGGAAUUACUCCAGUGAUAUGAACUCUCUUGUAGCUCUCCACGAGCUCUACAAAUACAUCAACAAGUACUAUGACCAGAUCAUAACGGCACUAGAAGAGGACCCGACUGCACAGAAGAUGCAGCUUGGCUACCGGUUACAGCAGAUAGCCGCAUCAGUGGAAAACAAGGUCACGGACUUGUGACAGGACAGACUAUUGAGGAUCUGCGGAGAGGAACAAUAGAGGCAUGAACGUAGAGAAGGCACAUUGAGACACGGUGACUGAUGGACAGAGCUUGCAGGGUGCCUCAUGGGAAGAUGCUUCAUCUGUAUCUCCAACGGUGGGAAUGUAGGGGACCACACGGCUGUGAGGCACCAGGUUUCACAUGACAGUGAAAGGAGUAUCUUUCCCUCCUCCCACACCACUUCAACCUGCACAGGACUGUCUAUGGAAUGUGUUUAUAUUUUAGAUUAUUAAGCGACUUAGACACAGCAAAAACAUAAACUAAAGAGUCAGUGCAGAGGUGGACAAAUGAUGUUAAUAUUUUUUUCCAUAAGAGAUUUUAAAUGUUUUUUAAACUAAUCCUAAAACCAUGUAUUGCAGUCAUAAGUUGGCGCCUGCAAGAUGAAAUUGGAGAAGGGCAGAGAUAUUGAGGCAAAGACAGUCGUCGGGUAGAAUGUUGUCAGGCCCAAGUUAAUUCACAGUGACUGACUUCAAUAAAUACAGGUAGAUGACAGGGAGCAUUGUAUGGCGAUCUAUUCAAGAUCCAGUCAGGCACCCAGGAGGCAAGGGUCAAGUCCUUGGCUGGCCGUCUUAGUUAGUUUGAGGAGCUUUAAGAAAUGAAGUUACCAUUUGCCUUUCCAGCAGGGAAUUCAGCCUUUGUUAAAGGGUUUAUGGAACAGCCUGCCCAUCAAGCUCUCAAAGCACCAUGUUCUCCUGCAUCAUGAGAGGAAGAGAAAUUUGGCCAAGUCAGCCUUCCUCCUCGGGCUCAUGAAUUGGUGCUUGUGUGUAUCCACGGUGUGCUGUUGCCUGUUGACUGUCUAAUGGUGGUGGUGCCUCCAUCAAAGAGAAGAACGUACAUACUGCUAAUGUGACAUCUCAUUUUAUGAAGCGUUGCCCUGCUGAGUUUUACUGGGUAUUUUUCUACCUGCUGCCUUCCUUGUUUCAGCCAUUGACGGAGUAUCAAACCCUCUAACUUAAGAUGAUUGGAUAAGCAAGGCUACUCAGCUGAGGUUGACAGCUUAAAUGUUGAGAUCACAGUGAGAGAUGGUGGGGGGAAUUACUGCACAGUUUUGUGGUUGGCAUUUAUUUCUUUUUGGAAUCGCAACAAGAUGGCUUGGCAAUCUUUUAAUUUUAAAUGGAAAACUCACAUCAGAAAGACUAUGAUAAAAAAUGGUACCAACAAUCAUUCAAAAUUUAAGCCGAGCAAAAGCUUGAUUGAAAUUUAUCUCAAAUCUCAGUUUACUAAAAGUUUCUUAAACUCCUGUUACGUUUUAGGUGUUUGCAACUUGUCACCAUCCGUCGUGAAGUACUGUGUACAUACUGAGAUCCUAAUGUAUUUGUUGGAGUGCGUUACGCUAAUAUCAUUGUUUCAAGUGACUGAGUCCACCUGAGUCACACCACCACCAGAAGUCAGACCACUUGUCAUUUUAUUCUCAAUUCCUUAUUUUAAUUAAAAUGUGUGAUACCUUUUUUGGUCCCAAAAUGCCACGGGCAGAUUACCAGUGUUUGAUUGGAGGUGUUUGAGGAGAAAUAUAUCUGGGGGUAGCGAUAAGGUUGUGUGUCGUGGGACAUGGAUUGAAGUUUUCAAAACUCUUCCAUUUUCCAUGACAGUGGAUGUCUGUUUUGUUACUUUUGUUCAAAGUAGGUUUAAUUAUAGUUUUUAUUUAUGGUAUUGUCUGAAAUAGUAUUCCAUGCUCAUCCAGUAUUCUAACGGCAGUGUUCACCGCGAGGGGCAAAGAAAGAGUAAAGGGCCUGUCCCACUUUCACGACCUAAUUCACAACCUUUUUUUACUCGUGGACAUUUUUCAUCAUGCUGGAAAAAAAACGCCCCGACCUACUUGAUGCCACAAGUACCUACGACUAGCAUCACGGCCUGCUACGACCUACCUACGACCUCGUGACGACCAUGCUGCGAGUACGAGUCAAGGGCAAACUCGGCAUAGGUCGUGAAAGUGGGACAAGCCCUAAACAUAGUGCGUUGCGCAGUUAUUGUCCCUUGGAGUGCAGACUCCACAAUUAUUCCUCUACAUUAGUGUGUAUGGAGUCAUGCCCUGUUAGUGUUGGACUUCACUUUCAACCUUGAAAUUCAAUCUUGAAAUUCAGAAUUGUAUUGAUAUUUUUAUAUCAUCUCAAUUUAUGGCAAGUACAGAUGCUUUGGUUUAGAUAAAUGAUCUUUAAUAAAAAAAUCUAUGCAGAUGUUUGUGGUAACUACUCAUCAGAGUCUUUGAUGUUGCCGGCACUACAUUAAUAAAGAAGUAACACUCUUCGUUGUGGCCACAGGGGUGGGUGUCUGCUUGGAGGAUGUGUUUUUUUUAAUUGGAUAACAUGGGGCGGAUUCACAGCUUGUUUGCAGGAAACUAAAUCACGCAAGUCCAUCAUUAGCUGAGUCACUUGGUUGACAAUGAAGCAGCAAUUCUAUUACAAAACUUCUCCCAGUGGAUCAAUAGCCCACUCAAAUGCAAAGUUGCAUGAAGCAUUCCUUCUGUGGUGGGAAAAAUCAUUGUCUUUGUGACUGUGUCAAGCAACUUUUCAAGGUUGUUACAGUGCUGUGUGGUAACGCUUAAGCCAGCUACCUACUGCCACCUUUAGUGGGCAUGUAUUGUGCAAUUAAGUGACAGUGGUGAGAUCAUCAAAUGUCUUGGUGAAUUUUCCGUGCAUAAGAUUACAACAAUUGUAUCUUAACCACUAAUAUGUUUUUUUGUUUUUUUUUUAGCUUUUCAAAGUUGUUAUAAUUUUUGUUUAAAUAGUGUAUUAAUUUAUUUAGUGGGCAAGGCCUGGUUAGUUGUGAACACUGGCACGUUAGUGUAUUAUUUGAGUUUUAAAACAUUCUUUGUUACAUUGCAACGAACAAGCACUUAUCUGCCUUCCACAGUAUAAAAAUCACACCACUGAGGGAUCCAUGACCACAGCAAACUGAACCUCUGCCGUUGACCUCUGCAAUAGCUCAGUCAACAGCUUGGUAAUCUUUCCAGUGAGGUGUUAAAAUCUGUGACCCUCAGGGCAAUGGCAGACCAUACCUUGUAGCCCCCUAAUAGGGCAGCACAGUGGCGCAGAUGGUGGAGCCACUGCCUGACAAACUGGCACCGAUUCCUCCGGCUGCUCCGGUUUCCUCCCACAUCAGAAAGACGUGGCGGUUUGUAGGUUAAUUGUCCUCUGUAAAAAGUGUGUCGUGAGUGGAUGAGAACGUGUCGAAACCAAAAAAAUUGUAGAUGCUGGUUUAUACCAAAGAUAGACACAAAGUGCUGGAGUAACUCAGCGGGUCAGGCAGCAUCCCUGGAGAAAAAGGAUGGAUGAUGUUUUGGAUCGGGACUCUUCUUUAGUCUAAAGGAGGGUCCCAACACAGAUGAUCAUCCAUCCUUUUUCUCCAGAGAUGCUGCCUGACCCUCUGAGUUCUUCCAGCACUCUGUGUCUAUCUAUAAUAUCGAACUACUGUGAAUGGGUAAUCGAUGAUUGGUACGGACUUGAUGGGCCGAAGGGCCUAUUUCCAUGCUGUAUCUCUAAACUAAACUAAUUUAGCAGUAGAAAAUAGGAACUUCAUAUUAAAUUCAAAAAUGUCAAAAAGAAUGAUUAUAAUUUUUUAAUUAAUGACCAUUCGAAUAUUUGAUUCUCACAUUGCUGCUGCUGGGUUAGUCAUUUCAAAAUUUACUUUGGAAGUUAUUUAGUCCAGAGGUUGGCCCUCUUCAGUCUAUAUUGCUUCGAGAUUAGAAUAUUUUUGUACCAUCACCUAUUCUGAGCAUAUUUAUUGCAGAGUAGUUGACAUUCAAGCCGGAAUGCAUCCUUACACCUACAAGGAGUGUAGACAAUGCAUAAAUUUGACCAUAAUCGAGAUUUUUGCCUCGAGUUAGCUAUCAUUUGCUGCGGCAGUCUUGAAAUUGUGGAGAAAGAGCUUCUUUAUUGUAAAGCUACAGACUAUAUCAUGUUAUGACGGCAUGAAUUCGGGCUUCGUCUACAGUAUUGGUCGAGAGAGAUGACGAAUUGUGAAUAAGAUGUUCAUGGGGACUAGACAUGGUGAAUGGAUUUCUGUGACCUUUUUCUUCAUCAACAUUAGUGUGCCCUUGAGCAUUGGUGCACCUAAAACUAUAAUUUGAUAAAAAUAAUUAAGCAAUAGUUCUCUCUGGAAGGCUGGUUCUUGUUUAUAUUGUCUAAAUUAAUGAUAUCCUGAUUUAUUCAACAAAAUGGGGCUUGUUGUGGAUUGUGUGUGGCAUCAUUUGAAUGACCAGAAUUUUACAUGCUAGAUGGCAGUUUUAAGAGUUUAUUUGCAUAUUUGUUAGACAGUUGCUGUACGUAGAUGUUAAGGAGUUAUUCAUAAUGACAACUAUGAAUAAUAUUGCCCUAAUUCUUGCCACUAUUCCCUUUGGAGAUUUAAAGUUCACUUCAUAGGUUAAUUGUAUUUAAUAUUUGUAAUAGUUCAUAACUGAUAGGAGCAAUGGCUCAUCAAGUCUACUACGCCAUUCAAUCAUGGCUGAUCUCUCUUGCCCUCUUAACCCCAUUCUGCUGCCUUCUCUCCAUAACCCCCGACACCUGUACUAAUCAAGAAUCUAUCUAUCUCUGCCUUAAAAAUAUCCAUUGAUGGCCUUCAGUGGCAACGAAUUCCACAGAUUCACCACCCUCCUAUUAAAGAAAUUCCUCCUCAUCGCCUUCAUAAAGGAACGUCCUUUAAUUCUGAGGCUGUGAUCUCUGGUCCUAAACUCUCCCACUAGUGGAAACAUCCUCUCCACAUCCACUCUCUCCAGGGCUAUCAUACAUGCUUUUUAAGUCUUUACAGUUUACACAUCAUAAUUAACCAUUCCAGUAUUCCCAAUAUUCCCAAACCAACCUAAAAAUGGAUUAACAAUGUGAUAGCUAUGUCGAGGAUGUGGGGUAAAAUAAUGUCUUUUAAUUCUGGUUCUUCUCUCUGGGAUGUAAAACAAAUUGUUCUUCUGCCUGUGAUGUAAAAAAAAAUCUAGGAUGUAUCCAGUUCUCUUGCUUCAUCAGAGAACCUAUUUGUGCAAACAAUUUGCAUCACUUUGCUUUGCUGAUGAAGCAGGGUUCAAACUCUAACCCCUUCAGUCUCACAACUACACACCCACGGGGAAGUUUACAGUGCUAUCCAUUUACAUGAAACAAUUUGUUCAUUUUUUUUAUAAUUGGGAUGCAAUGUCCUGCUUCUUUAAAUAAACUAUUCUCUCCCUUAAACUUUCACAAACAAUUAACUUUAAACAUGUAAAAACGUUUCAUUUUUAACUCUAAUUCCACGAGCAAGCUUUACAAACCACGCUUCUGCCCGAUAAACAGAAUUCCAGUUAUGAAUCACGAGUACAAAGAAUACUAUUUUUUUUUUUUCAAUUUCAAGUUCUUUAUAAAUCUGCAAUACAAAGUUAUUGUUUAAACUUUAAACAAGUUAAAAUAACUUCUGAUUCCUCCAUUUGCUGCAGAUACAUUUCCCAAAACAAUAUCUGUUCUUCUGCCCCAUAUAAAUAUAAAGUUACUUUGCAGUUUAUAUCCUAAGUACAUGAUAAGCACACAGGCAUUUUGAUUACUUUUGGGGAAUACAAUGUUUUUUCACUGUGUAUUUAAGAGGAAAACAUCCAAAACCUACUAGCUAUAGAAGCAAAAGAGAUGUUUUGAAUUAUCUAGAAUAAAAAUUAAAAUCUUUUUGAAACAUCCAGUGGCUUAAAAUGUGUUACUGUAUUUGGCUUGUAUGAUUCCAUAGAAACAUUGGAUGUAACAACAAAAGUUGAUUAAAAUAACUUCCUGGAAGCAAUUAUGAAUAAGAUAAAGUUUGGUGCCUUGCAGUUUUUUUUCUUGGUAAUUUGUAAACUCAACAAUGUUUAAAAAGUGGAAUACCUUGUGUUUAAUCUGAGAGAAAACAUUUAAUAAAUGAUUUGAGUGCAGCAGUUCAGGGGCUCAAUGUAGGAUUUGAUAUUACAAGGCUGACUACACGGCAAUGUGGCAUAGAAAACAUUUUAUUCCUAUUAAUAAAGGGAAAAAUGACCCUGUCUUUGCAAAUAAAUGGAACAACAUUCCGAACGAUUGCCCCGUGACUCAAAGGUUUAAGGCCGGCACAGUGGCAGUGUGCUGCCUCACUGCGCCAACGAUUUGGGUUUAAUCCUGACCUGUCGUGUUGUUUGUGUGGAGUUUGCACGUUUUCCCUAUGGGUUUCAUGGGUUUCCUCCUGCUAUUCAG